GGGAAAGCGAUAUGUAAGAACUUUAACUUUUAUUUUUAUUGGGUGUUACGUCCCUGCUCAACGUUACUCGGUAGGUGCUUAUAAUGAGAAGGUCUCGAUGCACAAUAGGUAAUACUGCAUCGUACCCCCGAAUGCCGUACUACGCAAACUCGCGGCAAUUAACAUAUCCUCAAAUUUGCAUCGAUAUUGACUCCUAGUGUAAAGUAGCACCAACUAAUAAAACGGGAAAUUCACAUCGACCGGAAGGAUGCAGCUUCUCGGGAGUCUCGGGAUCUUGACGGUUGUCCUCCUCUGGCAAACCAGAGUCGCACUCUCAUACGACACCACUCCAUUCAUCGGACCGCUCGACCCCUGGAAGGUAACCCGGCUGAAUAUCACGGCUCCGGAGCCCGGCCGCUCGGGACCCCUUCACAUUGACCUGGCGAUCUCAAAUCCCAACAAGGUCUCAGCGGGCACAGCGCCGCACGCGGAUGGCGGUGGGUACUUGCCGUUUGACCCAAGCGCUGCGAACUGCACCGUCGAGAGCGCGGACGGGGGCACAGCUGUGAGCGACACCUGCAUUGAGACGACGCACUACUCGUACGGGGUAUGGUCGGUAGAUUUGCUGCCUGGAAUAACUACCUAUAUUGACCAUCGGAGCUUCAACCUGAAUUUCACGCUGAACUACAACGUUACUCGCUGGGGAUGGGUUCUAUACAAAGUAUAUGAGGGUACGGGACACUUCGAAGUCGGUGGUAAUUUGGAAGACGGACCCUGUGAUGAUGUGAGUGGGACGUGCUUGUUCACGCUGAAGGCAGAUAGCACGCCGGUUUUGAUACCGCCAACGAUGACGGCUUGCAAGGGGACUUGUAAACUGAAUUAGUUGGGAGGGGAAGAUUGCCUGUCUUGUGGUUGGUGAGGAUGGUUACUAGACACCUCUUUUGUGAAGCGAAAUAGGACUAACGAGGAAGUAUCACCUACAAAACCCUCCUAAAUAAUUAUUUUGCAGAGUUAUUCACAUACGUAUUUAUUUC